GUCGCAGUGCGGCAGGAAGUUGCGUAUACGACGCGUACGCCUUGCCAUAAAAGUAAAUUCAAGUGCGCGCCUUUUUGAAAUUUCCCGCUUUCUUCUUCGAAGGUGUUAAUUAGUUGAAAUUUAAUUAAUCGCAAGGCGUCGCAUUUUAUCAAGUAAAUUACUUUAAUGUGAAUUCCUGUGGGUGCCUCCGGAUUUCUUAAUACCAAAAUUUUCGGUCUUCGGUGCUCGGUCUCUCGGCUUGUACUCUCAAUUAGGCGCACAAAUUGCGUGUAAAAGUGGCAAAAAAAAGGGGCAACCCAAAAAUUGAUUAAGUGAAUUUCGAGCAAAGUGAAUUUCAAAUGAAUUUAACGUGAAUCUGCGAAUUGAAAUGCAAUCAAUAAAAUUCAAUAAAUGCCAAAAUGAAUUUUAACCCAACGAAUCUCUGGAGAACAGGUCCAAAUCCAAAUCAUGUAAUAGACAACAUCCUUGGUGGCUUCAGCCUCAGCCUCAGCCCCAGCUCGACGCCCCAGUGCGGCAUUUGGCAAAUUGACAACAGCUUAAAACGAUUUGCGGCACCUUAAAGCCCAGCAAAUACUCUCAAAAUUCGAGGAUUCUCAACUGCCAGGCUGCUAGCCUGUCUGUUGGUGGCACAACAACAAAAAUUAAAAAAAAAAAUUCAGCAAAAAACUCACACUUGACAAGCUACAAAAAAGAUAAAAAAAAAAAGAAAGAGAAAAUAGAGGCAGCAGUGAGUCAAACGGGACAACACGAUGAAUGCUGAGCAGGAGGAGGAACGAAUCUGCCUCAGAAACGAGGAGGAGGAACAGGAGCAGGAGCAGGAACAGGAGCGCAACAUGGAUGACGACGACGACAAGCUGGUAUCCGAUGAGGUGCAUCUGCGGCAGUUGAGCGCGACGCCCAGCUCGGCGUUACAGCAGCGACGUUGUCAAGCAAACAAUGCGACACAUUCCGCGCCGCCUGAGCUCACACAGCGCACUCCAGAGAAGCAGCAGAAGGAGUCGGAGAAGGACCAAAAGGAAGAGGAGGAGGAGGAGCAAGGCGUGGUGCUGCGGCGUGCCGUCGACAAGGGUGCCAUUACCUUGGCACAAAUCGACGACCUAAGGCUGGAGAGCGACGACGACGACGGCGACUGCGACGAUGACGUUGAUAGCGAUGGUGAGGAUGACGUGGACUAUGCGGCCAAUGGCCCCGGACUGAGCAAUCCCGCUGCGCAGACCACAAACGAUGAGCAGCAGAUUACGGCCACAACAAGUCCAACUAAAGCGACGUCUGCCGCCGAGCAGGCAGGAGCCGCAACCACAACACCGACUUCGACAGCGACAUCGAUACCAGCAACAACAGCUGCGACAGUGACAGCGACAGCGACUCCAAUGCUGGCUUUAACCAUUGCGCCGGACAUGUCGAAAAUACCACGACUUCCAGGCGACGGCGCCCAGAUGGAUGACAGCGGCGAUCUGCCGCAUUCGCUGCGUGCCUCCACAGCAUCAAUUUUGUCCAAUUUGCGCAAGAAACAGCAGGCCAUGCUCAACGCUGGCAUCGGCAUCGACCGUGGCAAUGGCCAUGGCCAUGGCAAUGGCAAUGGCAAUGGAGGUGGCUCUGGUGGCUUGGCCAAACAGACGCCGAGACGCGUGCAAUCCGUGCGAAUUGUGGAGGCCAAAGCCGGCUAUGGACCAAAGCGACGCACCGAAAGCUGCAGCAUAUUUGGCAACAGCAAUUUUGACUAUGAACUGGAAUCGGGUCAAUCCAUAGCAAGUAUUGCAGGACCGCAGCGACCAUUGACCAACGAAACAUAUUCGGCAUUUAAGAGUGGCAACGUGGUCAAAGGCAUUCUCUGCCCAUCGCUGACCAACUCCUUCAAGCAGAGCUCGCUGGAGAGAAGCUAUCUAACCUACACGCAUCGACAGCGUCAGAAAUCGCUGAUCAUUGUGAAUGUUGUGGACUUUGUGCUAAAGAUUGUGAUGGCCCUGAUAUGGAUGCUGCAGCCCAGAGAGAAUCGUCUAGAUGCAACUAGCUCGGCGGAUGCGGCGAGCACAGCGACGGCAAUAACUUGGUCCGUUUGCUGUGGCAUUGCCAAUUUGGCCAUUUGCUUUUUGGGCUAUUGGCGUUGCUUUGCCAACAAUUAUUUACACUGGGCGGCCGUCUGCACUUGGGUGCUCUUCAAUAUACAAGGAUUCAUCAGCGAAGGCGUUGGCUUCGAGAAUCGUGAGUACCUGGUCUGGUACAUUUUGUUUGUCAUCUUUGUGCCCUACGCCAUGCUGCCACUGCCCCUCAAAUGGUGCGUUUUCGGUGGCACAAUCACUGCCAGCUGCCACCUGGCCGUAAUUACCAUCAACAAACUGCAGGACAAGCAGACUCCCAUGGACCCCAAUUGUGUUUUGUUCCAAAUCAUUGCCAAUUUCGUGUUGUACACGGCCAUCAAUGUGGCUGGCAUGUACACCAAAUAUCUGACUGAUCGUGGUCAGCGUUUGGCCUUCAUUGAGACCCACAAGGCCAUGGAGCACAAGAAAGAGUCCGAAAAGGAACUGCAACGCACCCAAAAGCUACUCGAUUCAAUUUUGCCCAACAUAGUGAAUAAUCAAAUACGCAGCGAAAUGUACAAAGGCACGGAUCCAACGGUUGAAACGCAGUUUAACAAAUUAUACGUGUAUCCCAUGGACAAUGUCAGCAUAUUGUUUGCCGACAUCAAGGGAUUCACUGAAUUGGCCAGCAAAACAUCGGCGCAGCAGUUGGUGAAAAUAUUAAACGACCUUUUUGCGCGUUUCGAUCGCAUUGCCGAGGACAAUCAUUGUCUGCGAGUGAAACUGCUGGGCGAUUGCUAUUACUGUGUGUCGCAGUUCGAAAGUGACAACUGGAAGACACGGCCGGAUCAUGCGGUCUGCAGCGUUGAAACUGGCCUCCAUAUGAUAAAGGCUAUCAAGGAUGUGCGCCUGCAUACGCACGUUGACCUCAACAUGCGCAUCGGCAUCCACAGUGGCUCGGUGAUGUGCGGCGUUCUGGGCAACAAGAAAUGGCAUUUUGACGUCUGGUCUAAUGAUGUUAUCAUUGCGAAUCACAUGGAAUCCGGCGGCAUACCCGGACGCGUGCACAUCUCGGAGGCGACACUCAACUGUCUGAAUGAUGCCUACGAAGUGGAACCGGGCAACGGUGGCAGUCGGGAUAAUCAUCUCAAUAAGCUCAACGUGACAACCUAUUUGAUCAAGCGCACUGAACCUUUGCGACCGAAACGACGCUUUGGCACUCGCAGCAGCGCUCAUCAGAGCAGCAGCAUUGCCACCGCGGCCACAGCUCCAGUUCCCGCUACGGGAGUGCUGCCCAAAUCAAUCUCAGCCAGCGGCAGCGGCAACGAUUGCAGCAUGGGCAGCACCACAGCUGUGGGUGGAGUCAACGGUGGCGGUGGUGGCGGUGACGGUGGCAGCAUCGAUGGACGCAGUCUAGAGUAUGCCACCGCUUUGGCCAUGGCCACACAGCAACCCGCUCAGCUGUUGCAGCAGCAGCAGAAGAAGAACAUCUCGCUCAACUCGUUGCCCAAUGUGGUCGAAGGCGUCGCCUUGGAGAAUCGUCGACUGCGAAAUGGCGGAGCUGUGGGAGCUGGUGGUGCUGGCAUUGCUGGUGGAGCUGGAGCACCUACAGCCGGUUUGUCCACGGUUUCGUCGCCCACGGCCAUGAUGUCGGCACCGUUGGAACAACAGCUGAGGCCACGCAAUGGGGCCAGCGUACAAAAUCUGACGGAGGACAUCAAUGCUAAGGGUUUGAUCAUCGAGGACGAGAGCACUACGGACUGGAUAGCCGAGAUACCUUUCAGGAAUCUUAACAGCCCAGAGGAACUUUUAAAUCGCACUGAUUCCAUAUUAGUUGAUCCCAAGCAGGAUCAUCGCGUCUCCGUUACAGUGUUGGACGAAGAAAUUGAUGAGUUCAUUGAGCAGAACAUACAGAUAAAUUCGAAUAAGGAAAUACGGCGAGAGUAUUUAAAUGCCUGGACACUGAAAUUUAUUGACAAAAGUCAGGAGCUGAAAUAUUGUCAGCUGCGUGAGGACAUGUUUCGCUCGAAUAUGUUGUGUGUAUUUGUCAUUUGGAUAUUUAUGGUGUUGUGCCAGGUAAUUAUCAUACCACGCUGCACCACAGUCAUCAUUUGCCUGGCCGUGGGCACUUUGGUGCUCACCUUUUGCUGUGUGUUGGUGAUGGCCGAAGAGUUCCCGGGUCUACCCAGCUGUUUGAAGAUCAACUCCGCCAAGCUGGUGCAUCAGCGGCGACGUCGCACGCUCUUCAUUUGCGGCGUCAUCGUUUCCAUGUGCAUGCUCAGCGCCAUUGGCUUGAUGCUCUGCCCCACAACCACUUACAAUGGCACCACCGAAGUCUAUACUAAUUUCUCGGCCUCGACCAGCAAACGAGACUUGACACUGAGUCUAUCGAAAACCAUACAAACGAAUCUUACCAUCACCACGCCAGCAAGUGGACAAUCUUCGGCUGUCUCUUUGCUCUCGCAAUACAAUGAGAGCAUUCACAAUGCCUCCGGUGAAGUUGUGCUUCGCAGGCUGGAAUCCUUUGAGGAAUCGCUUCGCUCGCUGGCCCUGAGUCAAUACACUGGCGGUGCUCUGCAUUCCUACAUUGAGGAUGAGAAGGGAUGUGUGCAUCAGGAGUACAUCGUCUUCACUUGGGUGCUUUGUCUCGUCUCGCUGGCCACAGCGCUGAAGCUUUACUAUCUGGUUAAAGCGAUUAUGGCAUUGGGCAUGGUUGCUUUCUACACCUCACUAAUCUUUAUUAGAUUUCGAUUUGAGGAAAGUUUCAGUUUGCUCAACCUAAAGGAUCGUGGCAUGCCGUUGGGUGUGCAAAUGAUCAUACUACUGAUAACGUUUCUUAUUAUGGUCUGUUAUCAUGCUCGACUCGUGGAGGUUACCUCACGCCUGGACUUUAUUUGGAAGGAACAAGCUGAGCGUGAACUGACCAACAUGAAAUCGAAUCGUGCUCUUAAUGACACAUUAAUUAAGAACGUAUUGCCCGACCAUGUGGCUGCCUAUUACCUGUCCGACGAGCACACAGAUGAACUCUAUUCAAAGAUGCAUAAUCUGUGCGGCGUUAUGUUCGCCUCCAUACCCAACUUCCAGGACUUUUACUCCGAGGACAUUGACAAUGGCAAGGCGUGCAUACGAAUUCUAAAUGAGAUUAUCUGUGACUUUGAUGAAUUGCUGGAGGAGCCACGAUUUGCUUCGGUGGAAAAAAUCAAAACCGUUGGCGCGACUUACAUGGCUGCAGCUGGACUCAAUCACGAGCAUUUGCGUGCUAGGGGCGAGACCUCAGAGGACAGCGUCUGUGAUCUGGUUGAGUUUGCGUUUGCCAUGAAGAAAAAGCUGGAGGAGAUUAACGGCGAUGCCUUUAACAAUUUCCAACUGCGUGUCGGCAUCUGCAGUGGACCUUUGGUUAGUGGCGUCAUUGGAGCUCGCAAACCUGUCUACGACAUUUGGGGCAACACGGUGAAUGUUGCCUCACGCAUGGACUCCACCGGAGAGAACUGGCGCGUCCAGGUGCCCGACAAUACAGCCGAGUUGCUCUGCUCACGUGGCUACACUUGUGUGAAACGCGGUGAAAUCAAUGUGAAGGGCAAGGGCAUGAUGACAACAUUCUAUGUGCAUCCCAAGGGCAUCUCGGACAGCCAACUGAUCUCACCCGUACGCAUGCCAGCGGGCAUUCCACUUGCUCCCACUCCAAAUCUGCAGCGACAAACAUCGCAUCACGGCUCCUUCAGUGCUGUUGUCUUUGGCAUGAUGCAGGCGACCAAGCGCAGCACAGCUAUUCCAGGCACACCCACCGGCACACCUUCGCCGCAAAUACGUCGUGGACAUCGCGGCAGCACCUUCAGCUCCGUGCGUCUUUCCCAAAAGUCCACCACAGUAAAUCCAGUGCGACGGAACACGACGCGAGUGCGAGCACGUUCCUAUCGCCAAAAGAAGAGUUCCUCGAACAAUUCGAUUGUCACACAGGCGAGUUCGACAUAUAUGCCAUCGUUUCGACGCAUCGAUCAGAUCGAAACAACCAUAUCCAAGAGUCACAACGACGCUUUAUAGCCUACGACGCGCAAUAAUUGGGUUUAAGCGCAUCUCUGCAUCCACGUAUAUGUAUUAGUAAAUGUUUUGUGUGUGUGUGUAUUAGUGUGCUUUUGGCUCAACACACGACGAUUGCUCGGAGCUUUUAAAGCUUCAGUGUGCGUGUGUCGUGUCGAUGUGCAAAGCUGGCAGAAUUUAUUUUUGGAACGAUUUUAUGAUUCGCAGAUUCAAUUAUUCAAAAAACUAGAGAACAAAUCUAAUUAAAUCGUAGUCUAUAAAGUAGUUGGUAGCAAUUGGCACUGAGAUUACUUACUAAGUUCUUAAGCCAAUUAUUAAAUGUAAUUUAUAUAUAUAUAGUAAAUGUGCUAACGUAUUUCUUUUUUCACAUCUCAGCACAGUUCUAGUCGUUUGAAAUUAGAGAAAUAAGUUAAUGAGAUAUGCCAAUUGGUUUAGUUUACAAUAUAUGUAUGUGUGUAUGUUUGUGUGUAUAUGAAUGUUAACUAUAUGUGUUUAUGCAGUUUUAAAUCUGAAUUACUAUAACUCAACGACUCUGCAAAACUCUAGCCACUAAAGUCUAUUAAAUAAUAAUAUAUCUACUAACAUUUCAAUUUAGCAUAACUUUGAUUAGCUUUAACAUUUCUAUUAAUCAACAAUGGAAAAACAUUUUUAAAUGGCUGUACAAAUAUUUUCACAGGUCUUCAUUAUGUCAAAUAUUUUGUAUAUAGAGCAUUAAUUUAAACAAUUUAAAAAAAAAAAUCAAAGUCCACACUAAAGCCAUCUUGUAGUGAGUUUAUAUGUACAAGUCCAAGAAAUUUGUAGAUAAUCGAACCUAAAUACAAUAUUAAAUAUAUUUACAAGUGUAUAAAUCUAUUAUCAACCCACAGCCAAAAAGGACAAACCAAAUAACAUACAUAACAAAAAUAUAUAUAUUCUAUGUAUUGUAUGCACAAUAUUGUAAUUUAAUAAAAG